CCUGCAUAUACAGCCGGCAGCGCUUCCGCUCGCCUGCCUAUCGGCCCUCAUCUCCCGGAGAUAUGCAAGCGGGAGGGGAGAGGAGGAGGAGAAGGAGAAGUGGACGAACAAGAAGCAAAUAUUAUUGGCCAGGGCUGCCUGCUCCCAGUAUAUCUAUUCCGGGUGUGCCGCCGUUGUUAUCGUCGUUCCGGCACGCAACAGCAUCGGCAUUGCCGUUUUAAUCACCAUGUACUCGCUGAUCCUCGCCGCGAGCGCGGCCGCGACCCUCGUCGCCGCCACGCCGCUCACCUCGCGCAACCCGGCGAAGGUGUUCCUCCCAGCUGAGGGCGGCAGCAUCGAGCCACCUUCUAUCUUCGCCUGCCCGGCGUCGAGCUGGCCGCCCAACACGAUCGGCGGGCCGAACCUACCACAGGAGCCGUCGGCGGAAUUGCGGUCGAUCCUAGCCGAAGUCGACGUCGCCAACAUCGAGGCCGCCGUCCUCAAGCUUGUGUCAUUUGGCACGCGGCACACGCUGUCGGACCAGAACUCGACGACACGCGGCAUCGGCGCCGCUCGCGACUGGCUCCGCGCCGAGUUCCAGAAGUACGCGGACGCGAGCGACGGGCGCCUGACCGUCGAGACGCCGGCGUACGUCCAGGAGCCCGACGGCCGCCGCAUCCUGUUCCCGGUGCUGAUCACGGACGUGGUCGCGACGCUGCACGGCACCGAUGAGAACCGGCUAUACGUCGUGUCGGGCCACUACGACUCGCGGGUCUCGGACCCGCUCGACUACGAGAGCGACGCGCCUGGCGCUGACGACGACGCCUCGGGCGUGGCCAUCUCGCUCGAGCUCGCGCGCAUCCUGUCGCAGCCGGGGCGGCCGCGGCCGCGCGCGAGCAUCGCCUUCGCCGCCGUCGCCGGCGAGGAGCAGGGGCUCUACGGCGCGCAGUUCCUCGCCCAGACGUACGCGGCCACGACGCCGCGGACUAACGUCGAGGGCAUGUUCACGAACGACAUCGUGGGCUCGCCGCGCGGCGGGCGCGACGGCGAGAAGGCCGACCCGCGCGUCAUCCGGCUGUUCGCGCAGGGCCUGCCGCCGCUCGCGGUGGAGGACGAGGCGGCGCGCGAGGCGCGGCUCACCAUCGGCGGCGAGAACGACACGCCGGCGCGCCAGCUGGCGCGCCUCGUCAAGGAGGUGGCGGAGAACGAGGCCACCGGCAUGAACGUGUCCAUCGUCUACCGGCUCGACCGCUACCUGCGCGGCGGCGACCACCGCCCGUUCCUCGAGGCCGGGUACGCGGCCGCGCGCUUCACCGAGCCGCACGAGGACUACGCGCACCAGCACCAGGACGUGCGCGUCGAGGAGGGGGAGGACGGCGGCGCGAAGCAGUACGGCGACCUGGCCGAGUUCGUCGACUUCGAGUACGUGACGCGCGUCGCGCGCGUCAACGGCGCCGCGCUCUGGAGCCUGGCCGCGGCGCCGCCCCCGCCGCGCAACGUCCGCGUCGACACGGCCGCGCUCAGCAGCCACACGACGCUGUUCUGGGAGCGGGCCGGCGAGAACGCGGCCGAGGGCGACGGCUACGAGGUCGUCUGGCGCCCGACCAGCGCGCCGCUGUGGACCGCCGUGCUCGACGUCGGAAACGCCACGCGCGUCACGCUGCCCCUGAGCAAGGACGACGUCGUGUUCGGAAUACGCGCCCGAGCAGCCGACGGCUCGCGCGGUGUCGCCGUGCUUCCGUUCCCCGGGACUGCGUGAGGCUCCUCGGGCUAGAGAGGGGAGGCGGCAGAGAGGAAGACGUUGGGAACGAGAUAUACAACCCUAUAGUCAUAGGGGAGGGAGUGAGGUACCUGCAGUAGGCGCGUUUCCAUACCUAGAGCGAAAAUACCUG